AAUCGAAAUUCUACAAUGCUAUCGGAACGUGUCAGUAAGAAGAAGCCACCGGUACGGUCCAUCAUGUCCGAAAAUACAGUGCUCGAUAAAAUUGGUGUGCUGUGCAUAUGCAUAGUGGGUUUUCAGUUGGUCCGAUUUUUGUUCAGGGCUGCUUACAAUAAUUUUCUGGGUGCCGCACUGAGGAUCAACUCGAUUAAUUUGAAGGAAACUGGAAAAUGGGCCGUUGUUACCGGUGCAACAGAUGGCAUAGGAAAAGCAUAUGCCGAACUAUUGGCAAAAAAAGGACUGAACAUUGUUCUGAUCAGCAGAACUCAAUCCAAAUUAGACUCCGUCGCCAGUCAGAUAGGUACUAAAUACAACAUAGAAACUAAAACAAUAGCAGUGGACUUCACAGAGACUGAGAACAUCUACCACGACAUCGACAAACAACUGACCGGUUUGGACAUUGGUGUCCUUAUUAAUAACGUUGGUAUGAGUUACCCACAUCCCGAAUACUUCCUGGACCUGAAGAACAAAGAUGAAAUCUACGACAGCAUCAUCAAAUGUAACAUCUACUCCGUUACUAACAUGUGUAAAGUAGUGAUGCCUGGCAUGGUGGAACGACGCAGGGGGGUGGUUGUGAAUCUCUCGUCUACCGCAGCCCAAAUCCCCAGUCCACUGUUAACCGUCUACUCCGCCUCCAAGGCGUUUGUUGAGAAAUUCUCCGAAGAUCUUGCCUCGGAAUACGCCCAAUAUGGCAUCACGGUACAAUGCAUCAUGCCUGGUUACGUGGCAACUAACAUGUCGAAGAUCAAAUCGUCCACUUGGAUGGCACCAAGUCCUUUGACGUACGUGUCGGAAGCUUUGAAGACCAUCGGUGUUCAACAGAAAACUACCGGAUAUUUCCCUCACAGUCUGUUGGUCGGGGUGGUUCAUACGUUGGAAAACAUUUCUCCCAAGUUAUCCAGAUGGAUUGUUACCAAGACGAUGCUUAAUAUAAGGGCUCGGGCUCUUAGACGAGCAAGUAGGAUGUAGGAGGUUUAUUUAUUUUGUUAGCAUAUUGACGAGGAAUAAUUUUUAAUAUAUUAUUAUUUAUU